AUGUCGGUGGCUAUCAAGUCAAUCCGGAAAGACAAAAUCAAGGAUGAGCAGGAUCUUGUCCAUAUCCGGAGAGAGAUUGAGAUCAUGUCCUCCCUCAACCACCCCCACAUCAUCGCUGUCCACGAAGUGUUUGAGAACAGCAGCAAGAUCGUCAUUGUGAUGGAGUACGCCAGCAAGGGUGACCUGUACGACUACAUCAGCGAGCGGCAGCGGCUGACGGAACAGGAGGCACGCCAUUUCUUCCGGCAGGUCGUGUCUGCCGUCUACUACUGCCAUAAGAAUGGGAUCGUUCACAGGGACCUGAAGCUGGAGAACAUCCUUCUUGAUGCAAACGGGAACAUCAAGAUUGCAGACUUUGGCCUGUCCAACGUUUACCAGCAAGACAAGCUUCUGCAGACUUACUGCGGCAGCCCUCUCUACGCAUCCCCCGAAAUCAUCAAUGGGCGGCCGUACAAAGGCCCGGAGGUAGGUUGUGCCUCACCCCCUGU